UCAACAACUUCCACUCUCAAGUGAAACAUCCUGUGUAAAAUAUUCCCCUUGAAUUAUUCCAAAAUGAAAGCUGUAGCAGUUCUCCGUGGUGAUACCAAAGUAAACGGCGUUGUGACUUUCGAACAAGAAAACGAAAAGUCCCCUGUCACUGUUUCUGUCGACCUUAAGGGCAACGAUGCUAAUGUCAAGCGUGGAUUCCAUAUCCACCAAUUCGGUGACAACACCAAUGGCUGUACCUCUGCUGGCCCUCACUUCAAUCCCACUGGCACUACUCAUGGUGACCGUGUUGCCUCUGUCCGUCACGUCGGUGACUUGGGUAAUGUCACCACUGAUGCCAAUGGUGAUGUCAAGACCAAAUUUGAAGACGCUGUCAUCACUUUGUUUGGUCCUCACAACAUUGUUGGCCGUACCAUUGUCAUUCAUGCUGGAGAAGAUGACCUCGGCAAGGGUACAAGCGAGGAGUCUUUGAAGACCGGUAACGCCGGUGGUCGCAAUGCUUGCGGUGUCAUUGGUGUUGCUGUUUAAAAUUGGUUGUUUAUCCCAUUAUUCCAUUUACUUGAUUUCCAAAUUAUUUUUGGAUAUCUGUUUCACGAUGUUAAAUGAUGGAUCUUUUACGCCAAAAGGUCCUUUAUGGUGAUGAUUCGUUAGGUGUUGAGGUUUAAUGUAUGAUUGAAUUUGAAUGAUGAAAAUAUUUUUCACAAGACUCGUUUGUAAAAGAAGACGUUUAGUAACAAGGUAGUUAGUAACGCAUGCUUGUAUUUAUACAGUUGUUUUACCUAGUUUAGAGAUUUAUUUAUGAAAAGGUAACUCGUGAUCUAAAUUUGGGACUUACAUAAUACCGGAUUUUAUGGUGAAUAGAGCUGGCUGAUGCUCAGUUUCCGACUUGUAUGCUCGCUUUGCUUCUACAUUCCCAAGAAAUGAUUGAGAGACCUUUUAGGAUGAAGGAUGAGCGAUUGGUUUUCUGUUCAUUUGAAGUAUUCUUUAUGGAAUUGAUGUGAUAGAUCCUGGUGCCAUUGACUUCAACGAAGGAAGUGGACUGACAUGAUCAGAUAAAAUCUAUCAUGAAACAUUCCCAGUAAAUUUGAUCUAUAUUUCAUGUUAAAGUAUGAAGAACGAUUUAUUUUUAGUUUGAAUUCGAAAACGAUAUCACCUUUUCCAUAUCACUGAGCUAGAUGUAGAAAUCAUAUCAGAUGAACAUAUGAAGUAAUAUCGAGGAAUUGACGCGUUUGAGAACCAGUCGUUAAUCCUUUUCAAAAGUCAUUAAGAAAUUACUUUUCUUUUAUCAUUACUAUUAUUCUUAUUCUCAUUUUUCAAAUUCAUUGAUAUUUUCUGCAAGAAAUAUAUGGAAAAAUUCACAAAAGUUGCUACUUUUCUUAAUGCUUCAACGAUACCUAGCUGAAACCGAAUAAUUACAUACCAAAUGUUACGAUAGAUGCUUUAUAAAUAUUUUGAAGUAUUACAAAAAAUUAUCAAAGCGUAUUUCUGAAUAUUAACAAAUGCCAUAAGGCUAAGGAUAAAAUAUUACAAAUAGUAAACGAAGCUUAGAAAAUACGACAAAAACAAAUUGGACAGCUAUGGGAACAGAGACCUUUCAUAUAUUUCAUUUAGUUAACCAGAUCCUUGGACGUUAUUACUAUUCUUCUACGUAGUUCCAAGUUGUCCAUAUUGAAACAUACAAUCCUGUAAUUGUACUUACUAUAUCCGCUCGAUAAACAUUCUCAUAACGUGUGAGAUUAUUACCGUGACACUGAUAUUAAAAAUAAUAUUUAUAAGUAUGUGUCUAUACAGUCUAUAUGUAUGUCUAUAUCUAUAUACACCCAAACAAGAGAUUCAAUUCUCUCAAAAAAUUGAACAAUAGUCCAUCAAACGUCUUUAUCAAAAAGACCCAAACAAAUAUGCACAAAAUAUACGAUUAACUGAUUAGCCCCUUACUUUUCAUUCACAAAAAAGGCAGCAAGC